GAAUUAUCAAAGUGUCACUGAUUUAUGCAAUAACCUUAAAUUCUCUAAUAGUCUCAUUUAUUGUAUCAAGUGACAUUUUAUCAUAAAUUCAAAUAUUUCUUUUAAUUAAUUUAUUAUUAGUGCAAUGGCGGAAAUUGUACCUUCUGCCAUUGAACAGGAAUUGUUGGGAAUAAAAAAUCUACUCUGGGGUAAUGAAAUUAAAGAUGACAUUUUCAAAAGGUGGUCACAAGGAUUUUAUUUCAGCAUCAAGGAAAAGUGUGCCCUAGAACAAUUGGAAGGAGGACCUUGUGCAAUUAUAGCUCCUGUCGAGGCUUUUAUUUUGAAAAAUCUCCUCUUAGAAUACAAAGAUAUGUCUUUCAGAGAAAAGGUUGAUACAGGAAUUCAGAAUCGUGCCCUAGUCAAUGCUCUCAGUGAAAUUUUGGGACAGUGUAACAGCCGAAAGUAUUACAUAGUAUAUUUAGAUAGUCAAAUGAGUGAUCCUGUAAGUGAAGAAAUUAAAGAUGGAGAAAAGAGUGAUAAUAUUCCAGGAAGACAAGAUCCAUCUGUAGAAAUUGAUCCUUUCAGGUUUCACGAACAACUGAGAGUUCAAAGCUUUCAUUGCAUAGAUGAUGUAAACAAGUAUUAUUUUGAAAAUAUUAGUAAGCUGAAAGCACAUUAUGGCGUCUUGUUGUUUUUAUACUCUGUGAUUGCAUCAAAGGGUUUAGACCAAGUCAAGUCCGAGUCUGAUACACGCGAACCUUUAAUAGAUGGAACUUAUGGUUACGGCAGUCAAAAUCUAAUAAACCUCAUGAUAACUGGUAGAGCCACAACAUACGUUUGGGAUCAUGAUCAAGAUAUAGGAGGAUUAAUAUUGAAGGGUGUUGAAAAACAGAGCCAAAUUGGAUUCAUCACUAUAAUGGAGUACCAUAGAUAUUGUACAGUAGGAUCUUUUUAUAAAAAUCCUAUUCAUCCUGUUUGGGUGGUAGCAUCGGAUACCCAUUUGACAGUUAUUUUUAGUGAUGAACGGAAAUUGGUGAGUCCCGAAACUAAAAGUGAGAAAGCUCGAAGGAUAUUCAAAAGCUUUGAUCCUGAUGGGAAUAAUUUCAUCAGUUCAGAUAAGUUGCAAGAUGUUCUCAGCUCUCUAGAACUUGUGAGCGAAACAGAGUAUGUGAAUAUAAUGAAAAAAAAACUAGAUGCUGAAAGUUUAGGUAUUAUUUUGUUAAAUGCUUUUAUGGACGAAUUUUUUCCUAAAGAGGAAUCUUCUAUACCUGAUAUGUUUACUCUCACACACUAUAAUGGUCUUGCACAAAGUAAUGUUUCUGGCCAGGUUCAGUUUCAUAUUGGUUCAGCAAUUCUGUUGGAAUCCGACAUAAAAUCUGUGUGCGAAUCCAAUCCCAUGCUAACCGUUCUUCAGACUAAAUGGCCCAAUAUAGAAGUAAAUUGGUGUGACAAUGUGACACCAUCUCUCAAUUGAAAAUUUUAUUCUCAUUGUUUCAUUAAUUCUGCGCAUUUAUUAAAUAUUUAAUUCAAUUGUUACAUAGACAAAUACAUUUUUUAUUUUGCA